AUGGCUGAUAUUCUUCGACGAGUUGCCCUUUUGGCUAUCAAUCGUGCAUCAUGUGGAAAACUCCAUAUACCAAUUCGUACAGUAUUUUCAAGUUCAGGUAUUGGUAUUGAUAAUUUUAAAUUAUCUCGAGAUCAACAUGCUUCACGUUAUGCACCAUCACUUGAUGCUUUUAAAAAGCGUUUUGUUGAUUCUAUUGAAGAACCAAAUUCUCAAAUCUUUACAGAAGAUUUACGUAAUAUGAUUAUGUCAGCUGAUAAUGAUCAAGAAAUUGAUAUUGUUAUUCAAGCAUUAAAAAAAUAUAGUACAAAUAAAGUUAAAUUUAGUGAUUAUCAUUUUGGUUCACCUAUUAUGCGUUUACUUUAUAUACAAAAUAAAACUGAUUUAGCUUUAGAAUUAUAUAUGAAUGAAGAUUUAAAAAAUAUAUUCAAUGAUUCUGCAUCAGCACUUGUUCUUAUGAAUAAAUUAAUUGAAGAAAAACGUUAUGAUGAUGCAAUUAAAGUAUUUGAACAUGGUAGUAAACGUGGAUUUUCAACAACUAGUGGACGAACAUAUCCAUCAGAUGUUGUUAUGUUAGCUAUUGAAGGAUUAUUUCGAAAAAAUACAAAAGAAGCAUUAGUGAAAGCAAAAGAAAUUAUUUCUAAAGUAAGAGAACGUGAUUCUGAUAUAAAUCCACGUACAGCUGCUAUGGUUGCAUUAUUAGCUAUUCAACAAGGUGAACCAUCAUUUGCUAUGGAAAUUUUAGGCGCUGUUCGAGUACAAAACUAUACUAUGAUAAAAAAUAUUCGAGCUAUUUGUUAUGCUGAUAUGGAACGAGUUGAAGAAGCUAUAAAUGUUGUUCAGUUACUUGCGGAACAAACACCAGUCAGUGCUGAUCGUCGACGAGUUUUUCCACUUGUGAUGAGACAUAUCCGAUUGGCUGCUGAAAAAUUAAAUGAUCCAAAUCUUUUAACACGUUUUGAAGAAUUAUCAAAAAUGGUUUUAAAAAAUAAUCGUUUAUCAACAACUGAUUUACCAGAAUUUCUUGGUGAACCAAUCAAUCGUCGUGGUCCUGCCAGACAGGGUACACAACGAAAUAUUCUUGGUAACUUUCAACGAAAUGUUGGAGAAUUUCGUAAUCGUGGAGAAUUUAAUCAACAAUCAAAUAAUUUCCGGCAAGGAAAUACAGGUGGAUUUAAUCGAUCAUUUGGAGGAUUUAAUAGAGAUAAUCGAUUUGGAUAUAACAAUUUUCAAAGACAAGAUCUUAGUUAUGAACGACGUUCACAAAACGCCUUUGGAGAUGGUUAUCAACGUAAUAAUGAGAAUGAUCGAUUUCCAACUCGUAAUCGAAGUUCAUCACUUAAUGAAUAUUCUCGUCAAGAAGGUCGUAAUCAACAGCAAUAUCAAUCAUUUUCACGAUUAAAUCGUAGUGAUAGUGGAUCGUCACCAACACGGCGUUUUGGAAAUCCAAAUACAAGUGAAUCAAAACGAAACACUGAAAAUGAUCUUAAUUUAAAACAAACAAAACCAAAACGUCCAUCAAAUGAAAAUGAAGACACUCAAACACAAGAACAAAGUCCGUGGGAACGAUCAACUCGUCAUUGA